CCGGCAACAACGGUCCCUCGGUGGUAGGUUUGCUUCAGAGAGUUUGUUCACAUGUGAAAUGGUUCUACAGUCUGCCGCUCCAAGAUGUCCCUGCUGUGCCUUUCUAUCGGAUGACCUCUUUUUACCGAGUCCGGUGGAUGCUGCUGGCUCCGACAACGGGGCGAUACCCAACGAACAGUCCACGUCGUCGCACGUAUUGGAUGCUGUAUCCCCGCAACAAGCCUACGACAAGUUGCUCACAGAGACGCGGAGUAUGAAUGUGUCUGCCACACCGGAACACCCACUCGUCCUCGUGGAUACGCACGGACACGCGCAUUUGCAACGCGACUACGUCGAGAACGCAAACAAUGACUCCACCGAGAGCGUGUACCACAUUGCCAUGGACGACUCCAAGCCAGCCGUGACACUCUUCUCCAUUACCUGCGCCGUAGAAGAGGCCGAUUGGGACACUUGCAUCACUUACGCCAGUCAAUCAACCCACCGUAUCGCUGCUUUGGGUAUUCAUCCGUGGUAUCUGGCGAAGGUUGCCGAUGCCCUGGACGCGGACGGCUGGUUGGUGCGUCUCGAACAGCUGCUGCAAAAACAUCCAGGUGUCAUGGUGGGCGAGAUCGGGUUGUGCAAGGUUGCCAAGUUUGUGCGUACCUAUGCACCCGGGAAAGCCGCCGCCUUGGCCUUGCAACGACGAGUCUUUCAAGCGCAACUCCGUCUAGCGAUCCAGUACCAUCGACCGGUAUCGAUUCACUGCGUUCAUCAGCAAAGUGUGCUGUUGGAAGUUUUGCGAGAGACCAUUUCGAACGAGGCCUGUCCCGCGGCUGUUGCGCUCCACUCCUUUACCGGAACGGCCCAUCACGUGCGGCAACUACUACAGUGGGAGGCCACAUUGGAACGCACAGAACCCCUCUUGUACUUUGGCUUUUCACACGCCGUCAACGACGCUAUGUGUACGGCCGACAAGGCUCGUCGGCAGGGCCGUGACGCCGUCCGUGCGGUACCUAUCCAGCGAUUGCUAGUCGAAUCGGACGUGCACGCCCCCAGCGACGUUUUGGGUGGAACCAUGGGAGCCGCCGCCUAUGUGGCCGCGAUCCGGGACGAAUCCAUUGCCAUCACAGUUCGCGCCACGACACAGAAUGCACUACGCUUUUGUAAAAGUAUCUGCCCGACAAACAAACGUAAUUCCAUGAUUGAUGCGUCAUAUUAGGGCUGUACACGUGCUAUCGAAGACACUUCUGGGCAAAACAGUUUACCUUUUUGACGACGAACGAUGGAAGCAUUUUGGACUGCAGCGGGUUUUCUUUUCCCUCAACAACAAGAAGUUCUACUGUACCAUUGUACGCUACCUAUGCUUCAAGGUAGCUUUUUACAAGAAGCCCGAUCACUGAAUAAAACAACAGCGAACUUGCCGUGACGUGGGAGGCAGAAGAUCCGAUGGAAAGGGGAGUUCCUGCAGGGACCAUCGUGGGCAUAUCUGUUGGAGUACCGGUGGAAGCCUCUGUUAUCGCGUCUGGCGCCGUGGGAGAGGCUGGGGUUGGAGUGGACCCCGGAGCUGUCGGAGUCCCCGGCGCGGAAGUCGGUGUCGCAGCCGCGGCCAUCGGAGACUCUGGAGUCGAAGCAGAAGUCGGCGUCGCAGCCAUCGGAGACCCUGGAGUCAAAGCAGAAGUCGGUGUCGCAGCCGUGGUCAUCGGAGAGCCUGGAUUCGAAGUGGAAGUCGGUGUCGCAG